UAAGAAUCGAAAAAUUGAAUCGAGAAAUUAAAACAUCAAAAAAUCGAAAAAUCCAGAAAUGGAAAAUUCGGCAAUUCGAGAAUCGAAAAUUGAAAAAUCUAGAAAUCAAAAGAUCGCAAAAUUGGGAAAUCGAAAAGUCGAAAAAUCAAAGAAUCGCUUAAUAGAGAAAUUGAGGAAAGGAAAAAUAAAAAAUUACGAAACGCCAAAAAUUGAAAUAAUGAAAAAUUAAAAAAUUUGAAGAAUUGAUAAAUUGAAGAAUUGAAAAACUGAAAUCGUAAAACUGAAAUAUGGGAAAAUCGAAAAAUAAAAAAAUAGAGAAAUCGAAAAUUUGAAGAAUCGACAAAUUAAAAAAUCCUCAAACUAAAAUGUCGAAAAAUUGAAAAACCAAAUAAUCUAAAGGCGAGAAGUCGAAAAAUCGAACAAUAGAAAUAUCGAAACAUCAAAAAAGUGAAAAAUCUAACAUUUAAAAAUUCGAAAAAUUGAAAAUUGAAAACUAAAGUACUAAAAAACUGAAAAAUUGAAAUAUUUAAAAUUAAAAAAAAAACAAAAACUACAAUAAGAAUCGAAAAAUUGAAUCGAGAAAUUAAAACAUCAAAAAAUUUGAAGAAUCGAAAAACGGAAAUCGUAAAACUGAAAUGUCGGAAAAUCGCGAAAUCGAAAAAUCCAGAAAUGGAAAAUUCAGCAAAUCGUUGUUAAAAAACGUUUUUGAUUUGGAGACUAAGAGGGUGAUCCUUGAUGGGAAGAUGAUGCUAUGGAAUAAAAAAACGAAGCGGUUUGGUUCAAAAGGGAUGAACUAUGACGUCAAGAAACUCGGUUUGAGGAAGUAUCAGCCAAGUUUUUGCGCUUUUGACAUACUGAUGCACAAUGAUACGAUUUUGACUAACCAAUCGUUGCGUAAAAGACUGCAAAUUUUGAAAAAAGUGGUCAAAAACCCAGUGGAGGGUGCAGUUGUUGUGAGUAAGUACUCAGAAGUGAGCACUAGAAGUGACGUUGUUGAUGCACUUAACACCUCAGUUGAUAAUAACGAGGAAGGCAUAGUCGUUAAAGACACUUCUAGUGUGUAUAAAUGCAGCGAUAGAAAUAGCGGCUGGUUUAAAAUGAAGAUGGAAUAUUUCGAUGAUGUGGUUCACGAUUUGGACGUACUAAUGAUGGGUGGAACGUACGGCUCGGGCAACAAACUCAACUCUUUCAUCGUUGGAGUGUCUGCAGGAGUGGGCACCUAUUACUCCCUCGGAAGCAUCAGUUCGGGUUUGAACGACGAAGAGCUAGACUUGUUAAGCGAUAAAUUUAAAACACACGGUAUAGAUUUUAAAGACUUUGGUACAAAAACCAAAGGCAAGCUAUUUUUUGGUCGGGAAACCCCUCAUGUCUACAUAGAGCCGGAAAAUUCGUACAUUUUCCAAAUCCGAGCGACCGAACUAAUCAGAGUCACUAAUGACGCAGUCAAGUGUCCCUACACUUUACGAUUUCCUCGUGUGUUGAAAAUACGGAACGACAAACCACCAGAUGACUGUUUAUCCAUGAACGAAUUAUUAGAACUGAGUCAGAAUAAAACCAUCGUCAAACUCAACAAAAGACACAUCGAUUUGGACGAGAUUGUAUCAAAAGCGCGACCUUCUAAGAAAAUUAAAGUCGAAGUUGUGAGUUUCGAACAACCGGAUGCAGGUGAUUUUUUAAAAAAUAUACGUUUUUAUGUUGAUUCUGGUACCGAAAAAUGGGGGACUGAGGAGAUUUAUCACUCUAUUAAAAAACUAGGCGGCGAGGUUAGCUAUCGCCUGGAACCCAACGUCGACAUAGUGUUGAUUUCAAAACUAAACACGAAAAUAUCCAACGCCAUGAAACAAUCAAACGGUUUUGAUAUAAUCCACGUUGAUUGGUUGCGACGGGUUUUGGAGGAUCGCGAGUUGGUUGAUUACAAAUCAGACGAAAUAUUUUAUUGCGGUAGUAAUUUUCGUCGAAAUCUAUCCACAAAUUUGGAUCAAUUCGGUGAUUCGUUUAUGGCAAAAACAUCCAAAGCGUCGUUGCAACGUGCUUUCGACAUGAUGCGCAAAAAGGACGAUUUUUUGAACACGAACGACGCGCUGGCGGUUAAUGGUAGCUAUUAUUUCAGCGAUUAUGUUGCUUAUUUUGACCGUUUCGAGGAAAUUAACAACCCUGGUUCAAAACAAAUUUACUAUUCGUAUCCGGACGAACUAGAGUUUGAAUUUUACAAAGGCGCUGUGAAUAAGGAAUUGACGCCCGAAGUUAAUCUAGUCGUGCUAGCAGAAAACAACCACGAUCGUAAAUUAUUAAUUAGCAAUUUUAUAGAAAAUAACGGUUUACCGAAAAUCGAGAUCGUAGCAAAGGAUUUUAUCUUUGAUAAAAUUUCGAGCCAAGCGUGAUGUGUAUAUUAAGAAUAUUGUAUUAUGUAUAUGUGAGCAACUUUUAAUAAAGUAUUUAGCAAGUC